AUGCAUGUCCCUGCACCUCAUUCACUCUCCCUGCACCUCAUUCACUCUCCCUGCACCUCAUUCCCUCUCCCUGCACCUCAUUCCCUCUCCCUGCACCUCAUUCACUCUCCCUGCACCGCAUUCACUCUCCCUGCACCUCACUCCCUCUCCCUGCACCUCAUUCCCUCUCCCUGCACCUCAUUCCCUCUCCCUGCACCUCAUUCCCUCUCCCUGCACCUCAUUCCCUCUCCCCUCCUCUCUUACCUCCCCUCCCCCACUAUCUUUGCACGCCGUCACGUUUUGCUGCCCCACGACCUUACUCCCUGCCCCACCGUCUUCCCUGCCCCACAUCCCUCUUCACUGCCCCACAUCCCUCUUCCCUGCCCCACAUCCCUCCUCCUGCGCCACAUCCCUCUUCCCUGCCCCGCAUUCUCAAUAUCCGCCCCCUCCUUCCCUCUCUUCCACACUUUUCUUCUUUCCAACCAUACAGGGCAAUGGUGUACAGCUGCCCCGAUGCCCUGCCGUGGGCUUCACUACAAGGGGCAACUUAACCAACCAUCGUAA